ACUUUUGAACGCCUGCACGGAUCGUAGAUCGCAUUGAGCUCGAGCCACGUUUCCAAGUUUCCCACAAUUUUCUCAGCAUCGUUUUUUUUUUUUUUUUUUUUUUCUGUUUCUGUUACUGUUACUGUUUAAACGGUGCUAUUUAGCAUUUGAAUGCAAUUGUGCGAAAGGCAAUUUUACAAUCACGCGUAGCAAGUGAAGCAGCAGCAGCAGCAAAAAGAAAACAUCUCGAGAAACGGACAAUAAGGAAAGAAAUAUUGUACAAUUCGCGACGUAAACUGUAAACGAAUACAUGUGAAAAUUAAUAUUUAAAUGUGCAUUGUCUGAGAGCAAACAAAUCGAGAGCAAAGCAACGAAAUCAUCAUCUGCAACAACAACAGCAACAGCAACAGCAACUAAAGUGAGCCGAGUGUCGAGAGCCGAGGAACAAUGAGAUUAGCAUUGCUAUUGUGCACACUCAGUGCAGCGCUGUGCUUGGCCAGCGCUGUGGGACAGCCGACAAAAUCAUCAGCCGGCGGCUAUCCCAAAAAGGUGACCACUCUGAAGAAGCGACCCACGAAAACACCCAGCACAGCGGCUACCUCAGCGACGGGUGCUCAGACAACAACCACCACAAAGCCGAGCAAGCCCCGCGUCAAGAUUGCGACGACCAGCAAAACGGCGACGACCAAAACACCCGCAUUGGAUGCGAAAUUCAGCAAUUUGCCGGCCGAUGAUCUGGAGUUCAUCAAGGAGCUGGACAAACAGUUCAAGCUGCAUGGCAAUAAGAUCAAGAUCAAAGUGGAGCGCGACAAUUCGACCAACGGCAGCGGCAAUGGCAAAAAGCGCACCAUCGACGGUGAACUCGGCUAUGGCUAUGCGCAUCAGGGUUACGACUACACACCGCCCAAGUUCAUGUUCUAUCCGUACUCGCAACAUGACAUUCCCGCCACCGAAUCACCCGAAGCCUAUGCCUAUUCGCCGGCCGACUACGAGCAGCCAGAGACAACGCAGCCACAUCAGUCACAUCAACAACAACAACAACAAGUGACCAGCGUGACCAUUGAACCAUCCUAUUCGUAUGAGCUGAAGCCACAAACCAGCUACGAGGCCCAACAGCCUGUUGCUGUUGAGCAGCAUGCACAGCCCGAGCAGCCACAGAUUGACUUGCCGCAGCCACAGCAUGAGGCGGCAGCUGGCGGCGUCGGCGGCGGCGGCGGCGUCGAUGAGACAGCUGGCUAUCAGGAGCCAGUGAUUGUGUUGCGCAUUCCCGGACCCGCAAAGUAUGCGGCACAUUUGCAGACAUUGUUGCAGCAAUAUCUCGAAAUACGUGCGGCACAAUAUCUGCAACUGUUGCAGGACGCCGAGCAGCGCAAGCAUCAGCAGCAUCAAGCGGUUGAGUUGCAGCCACAGCAGUCUUAUGCCCCCGUCGAGCAGCAGGAACAGGCGCAUUAUCACCCCGAAGUGGCGUAUGCCCAUCAAUUGGCGCCAACGCCACCGCCCGUGCAAUACGGUGCCAUCGAUGAUGUGUAUCAGACGUACAAGGGUCGCCAGCAAUUGCAGCAGCAGCAGCCACAAUACGAGCAGCCCGCCCCAGAGGCGUACUAUGCACCAACUGGUUAUCCAGGCCAACCAACACAGUUCUACUAUGCACAGCCACAGGCGCAGCCGCAGUACGAGAGCAGCUAUCAGCCACAACUCUAUCUGAUUGCCAUGGCGCCACAGGCGCCACAAUACGCUGAGCCAGCGCCACAACAACAGCAGCAGCAUCAUGAGCAGCAGCAGCAGCAGCAACCUAUCUAUGUGCCAGAGCAAGAGCCACCAACAGCGCCAGAGGCACAGCCAGCCGAUCAGCAUGAGCAUCAUGAUCAUCAUGACCAUGAGCUGCCCAUCACCGAGAACAAUCCACGUGCCACACACACCAAAGUGAUCUUCAAUGGCCAGAGCAACGGCGCCGACUACGCGGCCAACAUGUAUGUGCUGCCCUCGCAUCGUCCCUACGUGGAGGAGCAUCAACAGCAUCCCCAUCCCCACCACCAUCAGCUUCAUCAUCAUUCGCAACAACAGCAAGUGGAGAGUGCUCAUGUGGAUGUGGAAGCCCCAGCGGCUGAUUAUCAGGCUGGCAGCGAGGAGGCGAUGGGCAUCACACAGCCGCCAUACAAUUAUCACGCGCACGGUCUGAAGAUGCCACAUCAUCAGGUGCGGCAGGGCAAACGGGCAGCCAAGGCGGAGCAUCAGGCCGAUACUCAGUUGCAGCAGAUACGCGAAUAUGUGCGCGAGAAACUUGGAGCCGAAAUGGGUUCGGCGGUGGAGUACAAGACGACGCAGCUGCUGGAGGGUUAAGCUCGUGCUGUUAUUUGUUAAUAUUGUAUUUUAUGUACAUUAAAAUUCAUCAUUCUGUUGUUUGUGCUAUGCCAGAGAAAAGAGAGAGAGAGAGAGAGACGGAGACGGAGAAAGAGAAAUCUAUCAUUAGUAUUUAUUCUAUUGAGGAAUCAAGGAGCGAGUCAAGGAGCGACUAAAAUCUAUUUCGAUUCCUGAUUUCCAUCAAUUUCAAAUUCAUCUCGCGUUGUUUUGUGCCCCUCCCCCCCCCCUCCCCAUCCAUUAACUUCAUAAUCAUGCCACCAUAUGCCACAUGCCACUUGUUUUUAUUAUCGUAAUCCAAUGAUUAUUAUUACUUUAAUUUCUUAUAAAUUUUUUUUAAAUAUUUUUGUUAAUCGCUAACAACAACAAAUUGUGUUAAAUAUGUGCAAUAAUUAGAUUGUAAUAAUGAUAAUGUGCUUUUGACUUUAUUUUUGCACAAAUAAAUGAA